UGUGCAGGGGUAUGGCUCAUACUGUAAUGACCCAGCAGAGAACUCCCCCCGCCAACUUGUUCUGCAUGUGUAGUGUCCCCCUUUCCCCUUUCUCCUUCCCCACGACCCAACUUCAUGUAAGUCGCCAGCAGUUCCCCUGAACGGCGGGGUGUGUGAGAGUUUGGGCAUGAUGUCUUCAGUAGGAGGGGCAUGGUGUAACUUCACUUUGAGGGGAUGAUGUCUGUAGCCAUUGGAAGGUAAAAAUAGUGGUGUGAUUACUGAACCAAAGGAAUUUAUGUUUUGUAACUUGGGUACUUUAUUUUGCAUUUUGUUAAGGUAUUAAAUACAUUUUUUUUUUCCUGUUUGGGGUCUUACUGUCUCUUUUUACACUAUGACUGGGCCUUUCUGUCUGAUAGUGGUUUCAGCCUCCUCAAGAUUUAUCUCCCUUCUUCUUGCAGUAUGGAAUGUCUCCCUUCAUUAAGUUUUUUUUGGGCAUGGAGAGCAACCGUCUUCCAUCUCUCCUUAUCCUCAGCCUUUCAUCUGUUUCUUCUUUCAGAACCCUCUUCAUAACGGCGUUCCCAAUCUUGCUUAUAUGCUCGAAAAGCAUAGUCUCAAAACCAAAAUGUUUUUUUACCAUUGCCUUUUUUUUUUCUUUUUUCUUUUUUUUUAAAGAGCAGCUUCCAGAGGUUAUAAGGAGUCUGGAAAGGAAAACAAAUUGCCUUCCUUGACUCCCCCAAGACUAGCCACUUUAGAAAAUGUCCUCUCUUCCCUAAAACCCGCCCCCACAUAGUCAGGGUUUUUCUUUUGGGCAAACCUGCUGCUUGGGAAGGGAAAGGAAGGGAGGUGGCAAAACCUGUUUGAAGGUAAGGUUACCUCCCUUCCACACCUCGCUCCUUGGAGGCAAGAACAACAACAGUGAGACAGAGAAAAAGGACACAGAAGUGCUGGGGAGCUGGGAAACUAGCUCCCCGGCAGCCACAAGUGUUUAAGGGAGACCGGAAGACGUGUGAAGAUGGGAACCACACAGGAGGCAGGAGAAAAGACAUUAGACCUUGGUGUCUUCUACCUACAACCCAGUUCCCUUAAGACACUGCCUAGUUUGUCUCAUGACCCUCCCCCUUACCCCCGGGGACUCAGGGCCAGGGAGAAUGCUGAAGCCGCGGGCCCAGACUUGGGGAGACUUGGGGAACUGGAGCUGAAGGAGGAGUGGCAGGAUGAAGAAUUCCCCAGAUUUCUUCCUGAAGAAGCGGGCCCUUCUGAGGAUCCUGGCGACCCCGGGAGAGACUCACAGGCAGGUACUCCCAGCACUUUAGCCCUGUGUGGCCCACGCCCCAUGCGUAAGCGUCUAUCUGCCCCCGAGUUGCGACUGAAUCUGACUAAGGGGACUGGAGGCGAUGGAACUUCUCCCACUCACUCCACACCUUCCUCUCCUGAGGGCAGUUCUGACCUGGAGAUAGAUGAACUGGAGACACCUUCAGACUCGGAGCAGCUGGACAGUGGACAUGAAUUUGAAUGGGAAGAUGACCUGCCCCGGGCAGAAGGUCUGGGGGCCAGUGAGGCAGCGGAAAGGCUGGGCCGGGGUUGUGUGUGGGACGUAGCUGGAGAAGAUGGUCAUCACUGGAGGGUGUUCCGGACAGGACAGUGGGAGCAGCGAGUGGACAUGACUGUCAUUGAGCUCUACAAGAAAGUCCUCUCUCAUGGAGGUUACCAUGGUGAUGGCCUCAACGCUGUUAUCGUCUUUGCUUCCUGUUACUUACCCAGCAGCAGCAUCCCCAACUAUCCCUACGUCAUGGAGCACUUGUUCAGGUAUAUGGUGGGAACUCUGGAACUGCUGGUCGCUGAAAAUUACCUGCUUGUUCAUUUGAGUGGAGGCACGAGUAGGGCCCAGGUCCCUCCUCUGGGCUGGAUGCGCCAGUGUUACCAUGCUCUGGACCGGCGGCUCCGGAAGAACCUACGCGCCCUGGUGGUUGUCCACGCCACCUGGUAUGUGAAGGCAUUCCUGGCACUGCUUCGGCCCUUCAUCAGUUCCAAGUUCACACGAAAGAUCCGUUUUCUGAACAGCCUGGGAGAACUGGCCCAACUCAUCUCCUUGGAUCGGGUUCACAUCCCUGAAGCUGUCAGACAGCUGGACCGGGAUCUCCAUGGCUCAGGAGGGACCUAGAGGAAGGCAGGAAUCAAGGGCCUUAGAACCAAGCAAAGAUUGAUCUGCCUAUGCCCUAACCCUGAAACAUCUGGGCUGUUCCCUAAACUAUAUCAUCCUCA